CGGCGCCAUUUUGGUGGCCGGGCGCGGAGGUGAUUCUACACUGAAGAGAGCGCAGCGGCCGGGCUGGCAGUGGCAGCGUUCGUGUGCUCGGGUGUGAAUCGCCGAGGGAGGAGGUGGUGGAGGAAGAGGUGGCGGCGGCGGCGGUGGUCGUAGCGGUGGCGGAGGAGGCGGGUACGAAUCAGCUGCGGGCGGAGACAUGGCCAACAUCGCGGUGCAGCGAAUCAAGCGGGAGUUCAAGGAGGUGCUGAAGAGCGAGGAGACGAGCAAAAAUCAAAUUAAAGUAGAUCUUGUAGAUGAGAAUUUUACAGAAUUAAGAGGAGAAAUAGCAGGACCUCCAGACACACCAUAUGAAGGAGGAAGAUAUCAACUAGAGAUUAAAAUACCAGAAACAUACCCAUUUAAUCCUCCUAAGGUCCGGUUUAUCACUAAAAUAUGGCAUCCUAAUAUUAGUUCCGUCACAGGGGCUAUUUGUUUGGAUAUCCUGAAAGAUCAAUGGGCAGCAGCAAUGACUCUCCGCACGGUAUUAUUGUCAUUGCAAGCACUGCUGGCAGCUGCGGAACCAGAUGAUCCACAAGAUGCAGUAGUAGCAAAUCAGUACAAACAAAAUCCUGAAAUGUUCAAACAGACGGCUCGACUUUGGGCACAUGUGUAUGCUGGAGCACCAGUUUCUAGUCCAGAAUACACCAAAAAAAUAGAAAACCUAUGUGCUAUGGGCUUUGAUAGGAAUGCAGUAAUAGUGGCCUUGUCUUCAAAAUCAUGGGAUGUAGAGACUGCAACAGAAUUGCUUCUGAGUAACUGAGACAGAGAGAGCUGCUGAUAGUCAAGCUUGCCCCUUCUUGAGGAGCAUCAACAUCUGUUAUUUUUAGGAUUCUGCAUAGAUUUCUUUUAAACUGGCAUUCUUGCCUAAUGAUGUUAUCUAGGCACCAUUGGAGACUGAAAAAAACAAAACAAAAAACAAACCCUGCUCUGUAAAUAAAGCUAAUUAAACGUCUGUGUAAAUUUAAAAAGGGGAAAUACUUUAAUUUUUUUUCUUAAUAGUGUAAAAACUCUUUGAGCUAAGCUAAAACCAUGGAAAAAACAUGCUACUUUAGUGUUUAGCGGUGUACCAAGACUAGCAAGAGUUUGCUUCAGGAUUUUGUUGAAUAAUUAAGAUAAUAUUUUGAGUGUGUCAGGGCCAUUCAAAUUGUUGGUGUUGCAUCACAGCUACCUUAACUGUUUUUAACAUGGAUCCUCUGUGCCUGUGAAUUUACUUGCAUGCUUGUACUUGACUUCUUAGGAUGGGUAGCUGAAAAGACCACCAUUUUAAGCAUUUGAGAAUUCUUAAAUAUGAGAUUUAUCCAGAAUUGAAGAUGGUGACCUAUUCAGAGCCUUCUUGUCCUUGUCAAUAGACUGGGACACCAUAUCUAUUUUUCCCCUCUUACCACACACAGCUAAUAAUCUUAAUAGUAAAUUUCUCUAUAUUUGGUGGGGGAAAUGUGCUGAGGGACAGUAUCCUUUGCUCCAUUUUUAGGUCCUCCAUUUGGAAUGUUUUGUCACAGUUCUUCACUCUUUAAAAUUUCCUAUAUAAGUAAGUAAUAAUGUAAAAAUGGAGCUGCCAUUUUCGUUUCUUUUGCAAAAACAGUAAAUACUUGAUGUUGCAGUAUUCCCAGAUUUAAUGAAAGUACCCAACUUAGUUUUUCAGUGAAUUUAACAUCUUUCUAUUUUUACACUGAUGAAAUUUUUCUUUUAGAACUUGCAAAGAUGAAAACUAUUUGCAGGUUUUUUUAGCCUAAUUUUGGCUUUAUAGAGACUGAUUUAUCGGAUACUUUAAAAGUCACUCUUGCUUGCAUUUCCCCCUAUUAACACAUGAAAGCUGUGUUGGUGUUUUACUGUACAUACUUCAGAUGCACAUAGGAAUAGAAGUGUGUUAUAAAUCUAGCUUUCUUUAUGAUGUUUCUGAUAAUAAGAGAAUUAAAAACUUUACCUUCUCUUGUAUAUAGUCAGACUUUCUAUACGUAUUAAAGUUACAUUUCAUUCUAAGUUCAAAAGUUUGAAAAUUAUUAGUUUUGCAAGCUCAAACACUAAUGUGACCAUUUUAUGAAGGGUGAAAUGGAUUUGUGUAGGCAGUUCUAUACAUAGAAACACAGUUCUUACUAAAUAUUCAGGACCAAUGCAAAAUAACAAAAAUGUAAUGAAAUCAGAAUGAAUUAAAGUAAGGCUGUAUAUUGAAAGUCAUAUUAUAGUUUGCUUUCUUCAAGUGUUACUUAUCCUAAAUUAUAGUCAUUAAGUGUUUGGAAAAUAAUUUUGAACCAUAAAUUCAACAUAAUUUCAUUUGACUUCUCAAUAAUCUUAGAAGCAAUAAAAGAACCAUUAUUAAAUAUAUUGUAAUGUUAAGAUGUGAAGGUUCUUCCAAAAACUUGUAAGCCUUUCCUAAUCAGUAGUAAACUCUUGUAGUUGAUAUUAUUGCAUACUAAACACAAGUUGCCAUGUUUUUUUUCCCCUAUGUGUUUGCUUAAGUAUAAAUUUCUUCACAUAAUUACCUUUAGUUGUAGUUCAGUUACUUUCUAAAGAUGCCAAAGGAAACCAGAUUUUUCUUUAUUUAUUUUAAAUAGCUAAAACCAUGUACUUCUCUUUAUAUUUUUGAAGUUAAGGUUGGAAUUGUGUGAAAAUGUGGACAGUUUUUUUCAUUGUUAGAAUUCUUUUUUUUUUUUAGUGGAGAGCAGCUUGGUAAUAGUAAUAUUUGGAUUAUUUUAAAUAUCAAACACUACCCAGUUUACUAUUUGCCUAUAUUAUCAGGGUAUAUUUAAUUGUCCUGUGGUUUGACAAAGGAGAGAGAGAACUCAGAUUACUAAAGAUCAAGCGUUACGUACUUUGCUAUUGGAGGCAGCUGUACCUUGCCUGUGACUCUUUUAUUCGCGUUAGCCCCUUAGGGUAUACUUCAUUCAACAUCCCUAGUGCCCAGGAAAUUGAAAAGUACAAUAUUUGGUAUGAGAAAUUCUCCAAAAAUGGAUUGUUUAUUUCAGAAAUUUACCUCAUUUACAUUUUGUGUAAUAAUCUCUUUCCUUUCUGGCACUUUUCCGACUGUUGUCUUCUUCUUUUUUUUUUUUUUUUUUUCUUUUCCUGUUGUUUAUUUGUUUGUUUUCCUAUUUUUCUACCGGUAGACUUAUUUCCCCAAACAUAGAAAUAAUGGCAAUUGCUUUUUUCCUCUGGUCUUACAUAUGUUUGGAAAAAAAGACACUAAAAGUGCAGCUCUCGGGAAAAGGCACCCUGGUGGAAAUUAUUUUUAUAAUUCUCAAUGUUUUGUGUUUUGUUUCUCAAAAAUUAUGGUUAAAAUAUAUGUGUGUGUGUGUAUAUAUAUAUAUGUAACUAUACACACACACACACACACACACACACACACACACACACACACACACACACACACACACACACACACACACACACACACACACACAGUUAUAACCCAUUUAGGGCAGGCAGAUUUGCUAGAAGUCACUGAUACUCCAAUAGGUUUUUAUUGUAAUCAGGUCUGUUCCCUGAGUAUGUGCCUGACUUUUAAAAGAAAAAAUAAUCAGUUGUGUAGUAUUUCAGUACAGAGUACUGAAUGAAUGAGCAAUUUGUGACCCAAAUAAGUAUACAGUAAGAGAUAUAUAAAUAUUUGAGGAACUUGGUACUAAAUUAGAUGCUCUGUGUUGGUUCCCCCAAAUGUUUAGAGUUGUGACUAUGGUUUACUUAAAACACAUAACACGUUCAAGAAUAUGUAUCUAUGUGUUUGGAUUCAGAAUAUUUUGCUUUUGGGGAGAGUAAUCUAUGAAAGUAAGGCUGAUUUUUUUCUUUUUGUGGAAAUAUUUCACAUUUGUAAUUGCUGGUAGUGCUUAAAUCUAUGCAAAAUAAUUUUAAAGUAUAGGAAAGAAUUGGCAGAUAAAGUGGAUAUUGCUUAUUUAUGCACUGCAUUAUGCAGCAUAUGUUCCUGCUGCUUAAUAAGUUUAUUAAUGUGAAAAGCAGUUCUUGGCUAUGAGUGUAUGCCUGAUUUCAGCUUUUAAAACUCUGCAUAAGGGUAUGAUAAUGUUUCCACAAUCCUUGUUAGCAGCCCAGGAAAUAAAAGCUUUGCUGCUUUAUUUAUUUAUUUUUUUAAUUAUUUUUUUAUUUUAUUUUUUGGUGUUUUAAAGGUGGAUUUGGGUAGAGAAAAGUUGGAGCCAAUUAUACUUUCUUGCACAUAGAUGGAAACAAUCAAUGUUUGGGUAGGAAAAGAAAGCUGUUUACAGUUAACUUUAUUUCAUGAAUUUAUACAAAAUGAUGUUGUAUUAAUCACUUUUUCUAGUUCAAGAAAUUUCAAUUCCAGGGUACAAACCAUUGGUUUUAAAAAUUUGCAUUGCCAUUCCUUAGUACCAGUUUAAAAUAAAUGCUUAACAUUAGCUAUUUACUAUCAUUGGGGAAUAAGGCAACUUGUAGUAUUUACUGAUAAAUAGCCUUUUUCCCAAGUGUGACUUUUUUGCAGUGUCUACAUACGAUGUCACAUGUUCUGUUUGCACUGUUGCAAUAUGGAUCAAAAAUCUUGUGGCAUAGCAGUGGGAGAAUGUCAGUAUCUCACUUGUCCCAUUUGUUCUGUUACUGCUCUGUUGGACUGAUCUACCCUCUUAAACCUGUGAUCAUCACCUAAAUGUGAGUUGUGAAUGUGUCAACUUUUGCUUGGUUGUUUCAACCAAGCUUUGAAUAUAUAUGUAUGUGUGUAUGUUUGUGUAUACACAUACAUAUAUAUAAUCAGUGCUUAUGUAUAUAAUCAGGUGUGGCACAGUUUAUCAGUUGGAUUCUGGGGGGUGAGUGGAUUCAAAUCAUUUGCACUGUGCUGUUAAAUGAUCCUUGUGUGCUUGCUGUUACCUACUUUUUACAGGCAUCAUAAUAAAAGCUAGACUAUUUCUUUGGGGGGGAAAGAGACUUAUUUAAUGUAAUUUAAAGACUUUUCCAAUAGAAAAUGAAAUACUAUUGAAAAUAAUAUCUAUUUUUUAGCUUUCAGCAAUUGAUGGUACUUUGUUGUGGUGUCUGCUGGAAGUCUACUGCCAUUAUAGGGAUUCUCAUUAACCUCACCGAGAAAGAAUCUUGCUUGUUAGCUUCUCUAGAUCUCUAUUCUAAACAAUCUGUUAGUGACGAUAAAUUCUGUAGGAGGAUCUAUUCUGAGCCGUUAACUUCCUGUAAGGGGAAAAUGGGUGGGUUACCAGAAAGACCAUUGAAGCAGGGUGGGCUAGGGGUGGAGGGCUGGGUAUUUGUCUUGAGAAUUAAGAACUACAAAACACUUUUGUACACAACUGAUUUUUUAAAAAAUAAACACAUUUUUAAAGAUGUUGAAUUUUUUUUCCCCCCUUACUGGGAAUUCUUAAAAAUAAAUGCAUGCAUGUUUUCCCCUGAAAA